AUGGAGGGAACAUCAAGCUCUGGUGAAGCUCUUGAUUUGGUGGAUGACUUUUACUUUUCAGCUCUUCAUGAUGAGGAAGUAUUUCCCAUCUCAGAUGAGAAAUAUGCACAUGAAUUGCAGCUGCAAGAAGCCCUCAUGUCCUCUGCAAUCUCUUCAAUAACUCCCAAAAUUUCUACUCAACCCUCCAAUAGAGAGGAAGAUGUUGAAACCCCCAUGAAAAAACAGAAGGGGAAGGAAAAAGAAACUGGCCAAUCCUCUGAAACUUUCUGCUUGAUCUGCAUGGAUGUAAAAUCAACCCAAGAAAUGUUCACAAACAGUGGCUGCAACCACUCAUUUUGCACUGAUUGCAUUGGAACAUAUGUUGGGACUAAAAUUCAGGAAAACAUUUCAAUGGUGAAGUGUCCUGAUGUGAAGUGCAAAGAAGUGCUGGAGCCACAAUCAUGCCGGUCUAUUAUUCCCAAGGAAGUGUUUAAUAGGUGGGAAAAUGCUCUCUGUGAGUCUCUGGUUUUGGGGUCUCAGAAAUUUUACUGCCCUUUUAAGGACUGUUCUGCUUUGCUGGUGGAUGAUGGAGGAGAGGUUGUGACUGUCUCCGAGUGCCCGAAUUGUCGGAGACUGUUCUGUGCUCAGUGCAAGGUUGCAUGGCAUGCUGGGAUUGACUGUGGGGAGUUUCAGAACUUGAAUGAGAAUGAGAGAGAGAAGGAAGAUAUCAUGGUGAUGGAGCUUGCAAAGAAGAAGAAUUGGAGGAGGUGUCCCAGAUGCAACUUCUUUGUGGAAAAGACUGAUGGCUGCUUACACAUUACAUGCAGGUGUGGAUUGGAGUUUUGCUACGGCUGUGGAUCAUAUUGGCGUCACAGCCAAUUUUCCAGUCAUGUAUGUUCAACAGCUUGA